AUGAAGUUCUUCCUCCCUAUUCUUCUCGCAGCUCCCGCUGUUAUGGGCCGAGCCUGCAAGGUCCGACACUCGCACUCUUCUGCGGUUGAAGCCGUCCACACUCAGUACCCUGUUCCCGAGCCUGUGAUCUCCCAGGCCCCCCAGGUCGUUGGCCAGAAGUCUUCUCCCGUCGAGGUCAAGACUGCUGCUUCCAAGCCCAAGACCACCAAGUCCAAGACCUCCAAGCCAAAGAAGGUCUCUAAGCCCAAGGCCUCCAAACCGAAGGCUUCUAAGCCCAAGUCUACCACGACCACCAAGCCCAGCACUCCCAAGACAUCUACUCCCAGUACCGGCUCCAGCUCCAAGUCUACACCUCUUGGUGACGGUGCUUCUGUCUCUGGAUCUUCCACCUUCUACGGCGGUAACCUCGCUGGUGGAAACUGCAUGUUCUCAACCUACACUCUCCCCUCUGGUAUCCUCGGAACUGCCUUCUCUGGCCAAAAGUGGGACAACAGCGCCAACUGCGGUGCCUGUAUCGAAGUCACCGGUCCUUCAGGCACCAUCAAGGCCAUGAUCGUCGACAAGUGCCCCGAAUGUGACCCCGGCCAUCUCGAUCUCUUCCCCGACGCCUUUAAAGCCGUCGGCGGCACAGACGGCAUCGUCAAGACCUCGUACAAAUUCGUCGAGUGCGGCAUCACCACUCCCCUCGUGCUUCACAACAAGGAGGGUACUUCCGCCAACUGGUUCUCCAUCCAAGUCGUCAACGCCAACGAGCCCGUCAAGAGUGUUCAGGUUUCCACUGACGGCGGUAGCACCUGGAAGAGCACUGAGCGCAAGGACUACAAUUUCUUUGAGAACCCUGCUGGCUUUGGGAAGACUUCUGUUGAUGUCAAGGUUACUAGCAGCACUGGAAAGAGCGUUGUUGUUAAGAACGUUGGCGUUACUGCUGGGGCUCAGUACAAGGCUAGCUCUAACUUCUAA